AUGGAAGUACUGGAAGAGUUUUUAGAGAAACUAGGGGUGGUCUUUCCUGAAAAAAGCAAAGAACUAAAAUCGUCGCUGGAAAACAUCAAAACAAUAAUCGAAAACUUGGAGUCGAGUGUGAAAAAACUAAAGGACGAAAACCAAGAACUCAAGAAUGGAAAUGCCUUGUCCAUAAAGAAAGCUAUUCAAUCCGGGAAUCGAGAUCAAAAUGAAACAAUCCGAAACCCAAUUUACGGAGAACGCGGCUCAGGUCCCAUUGAAUCUCCGCGCCAUAUUGUCAAUAAAUCAGAAAGCGAUAUCGUGCAAAUACGUCUCGCCUUGAAAAACGACAUUGUCAUGAAAAAACUGUCGAAAGCCCAGAUGGACGCUGUGAUCGACGCAUUCCAGGAAAAGACGAUCGAGGAGAAUACGCUGAUUAUCGAUGCUAACGCGAAGAAAAAGGACGAAAUGUUCAUCAUCAAGGAGGGACUCGCCGCUGUUCUGAAGCCUAUUGGGAUGGAAAUGUUCGGAAGCCUAGGAGGAAUCCGCCAAGCUGAAAAAGUAUUGAAACCUGGAGAUCUUUUUGGAGAAAUUGCCGUGUUUUACAACUGCGCGAGAACAGCUUCGAGACAUGACUUCAAGCGAGUUCUGGCAACGAUAGGAACAGCUAGUCUCCAAGAAAAGAUCGAAUACGUCUCCAAAAUUACCCACUUUGAGACGUUUUCGAAGUUGGAACAGAAGAAAGUGGCCGCUUGCUUGAGCGAGCAGUUCUUCGCUGAAGGCAGUCAGAUCAUCCGCCAGGGCGACAUCGGGCACUCCUUUUAUGUGAUCAAAUCUGGCUCCGUCAAGGUGAGCAGUAAUGGCGAAUAUCUGGCGACUCUGGAGCAGUUCAAAUACUUUGGAGACAUUUCACUGCUCUCCAACACGAACAGAAACGCCGACGUUGUGGCAGCAACAGACGUCACGUGUUAUGUUUUGAACAAAGCUCUUUUUGUGAAUUUGAUCGGUUCAAUCGAACGCCACCGAGCAAAUUCACCAGCUCGUGAGCGAGUUCUUUCGUUGACGAUUGUAAACGAUGUUUACAACAAACAAAUUGCAUCGCACUUCAAGCUGGCAGAAAUGGUUGUCAUAAAGCGCCUGGGCAAAGGAGGUUACGGAACCGUGCAUCUUGUAUCGACCCCUGAAACCAAGUCGAUUCAUUUAGCGCUGAAGAUGAUUCCAAAAUAUACGAUAGUUAAGAAUCACCAAGAAAAAUACAUUCUACGAGAAAGAGACAUUUUGAGCUCUCUCCACUGCAAAUUCAUCUCCAAACUUUACACCACAUUCAAAGAUCUCCAUUUUGUAUAUUUUCUCACAGACGCUUACCUGGGCGGUUCGCUUUUCGAUCUCCUUGUGGCAAGAGGUCCUCUUGAUGAAAUCGUCGGAAAAUACUACGCUGCUGAUAUCACGCUUGCUCUUGAAUAUCUUCAUUUGAAAAAUAUUUGCCAUAGAGAUCUGAAGCCGGAAAACUUGAUGAUCAACCAUGAAAAUGGACAUUUAGUCCUCGUUGAUUUCGGAAUGGCCAAAAUUGUCGAAGAAAAAACAUGGACCUUCUGUGGCACUCCUGAAUACAUCGCCCCAGAAAUCAUUCUAAACAACGGUCAUGACAUUGCUGUUGAUUAUUGGUCUCUUGGAGUCGUCAUUUAUGAGAUGUUGAGCUGCUCAACUCCUUUCAGAGAUUCUACCGCCAAGGGAAUUCAAGACAGAAUCGUCUCCGGAAUCGACCUUGCACCUUUCGUUUUCCAAUGUUCUAAGACGGGCAUUCGUCGCGAGAUUUCCGAAGCAGGAACAUCGUUGAUAAAAUCACUCUGUAAAAGAUCUCCGACAAGUCGUCUCGGGUACCAGAGUAAUGGAAUCGACGGAAUUCGAAAACAUAAAUGGUUCAAAGAAAUCGACUGGAAUGCCGUUUUAGACCAGAGAAUAUCGGGUCCGCUUUUGGGAUGA